UACAUAUUGUCGAACAUAGCUAAACUCUAACUCGAGAAAUCAAAAUUUUGUUUUUAUCGCUGCUGUUUGCACAUUCUCAACUUCCGACGAUUCACUUCGGAGAUUAAUUCGGAGGGAGAAUCGAGCCCAAUUGCUCGAAUUUAUCUUACGCCGACUCGGAGAUCGUUGCAGUUGGAAGGGAACGAGCUAAUUAUCUGCGUCACAUUGCUACACGCGCCCAAAAUCGUUGCAAAACAAUUGAGAAAUGGAGUUGAUUGAGAUCCGCAGCUGAAAUGGUGAACCGAAGCUUCACCCACUAUAGGACACCAUCAACCUCCAGAUUUCGUAUACGAAAAUCAUCGCCUUUCGCCGUUGCUCUCUGCUUGAUAUUUAUUUUUGCAUCUUCCGUCUUCUUAUUCUUGUUCUGCACUAGAAACAUAUUGGAAGAUGAACACAAUCCGUUGUUUUCAGAGCUGGAGAAAUCUCAAUAUAAAUCUAAGCCGGCAUCCGUUGAUCGCCUAUGGGAUGCUCCAUCUAGUAACGGGUUUCAUCCCUGUGUCAGGCCUACAUCGAGAUAUGAAGCUGCCCAAAUGUCAAAUCAUUACAUCACAGUGAGAAGUAAUGGAGGACUAAAUCAAAUGCGAGCUGGUAUUUCUGACAUGGUGGCUGUGGCACGUAUUAUGAAUGGGACCCUGGUUAUUCCUCAAUUGGAUAAACGUUCAUUUUGGCAUGAUACGAGUACAUUUUCAGAUAUUUUCGACGAAUAUCACUUUAUCAAAACCUUACAAAGUGAUGUUAAGAUAGUCAAGGAGCUCCCCAAGGAAUUGGAGUCUAUUCCUCAUGCUCGUAAGCAUUUCACUUCAUGGUCUGGUAUUGGUUACUAUGAAGAAAUGACACGGUUAUGGAAAGAUUAUCAGGUAAUUCAUGUUGCAAAAUCAGAUUCUCGAUUGGCAAAUAAUGAUCUUCCCCUAGAUAUCCAGAGACUCAGAUGUCGUGCAAUGUAUGAAGCCCUUCACUUUGCUCAACCAAUUGAGAGCUUUGGAAAGAAGCUGGUCGAGCGGCUUAGAUUGCGUGGAGGAGGAUAUAUUGCCCUUCAUUUGAGAUAUGAGAAAGACAUGCUAUCCUUCACGGGUUGUACUUAUGGUUUGACUCAUAAUGAAUCUGAAGAGCUGAGAAUAAUGAGGGAGAAAACUCCUCAUUGGAAGAUCAAAAUUAUAAACUCCGUGGAACAGAGAUUAGCAGGGCUUUGUCCACUUACUCCAAAGGAAGUGGGAAUAUUCCUACAGGCUCUUGGGUAUCCUCCAUCAACAUUAAUCUACAUUGCAGCUGGGGAAAUCUAUGGUGGCGAUACUCGACUUUCUGAGCUUUCUUUUCGGUUUCCAAAUAUUAUUACCAAGGAAACGCUUGCAACACAGGAAGAAUUGAAGCCAUUCAUCAAUCAUGCUUCUCAGACUGCAGCACUUGAUUAUAUUAUUUCAAUUGAGAGUGAUGUUUUUAUCCCAACAUACUCAGGGAACAUGGCAAGAGCGGUCGAGGGCCACCGCAGAUAUCUAAGGCACCGCAAAACCAUCACUCCAGAUAGGAAAGGACUUGUUGAAAUUUUUGAUAAGUUAGAGAAAGGACAGCUAAGAGAAGGGCCCUCGUUAUCAGAUCAUGUGCAGUUGAUGCAUAAGAACAGACAAGGAGGUCUGAGGAAAAGGAGAGGUCCACAACCCGGGAUAAAGGGUCGAGCACGAUUCAAGACCGAAGAAUCAUUCUAUGAGAACCCAUACCCCGAGUGUAUCUGUAAAUCUAAACAAUAGCUCUGAAAUUACCAAAAGACGCAGCAGAUCUUUAUGGGUAUCCUUAGCAUUCUCGAACCCGCUUUCGAGUGACUGAGAUCGUUAGAAAAUCCUAAGAAGUCAGUAUACUGUUCUCUGAUCAACUUGGUCAAUAAAUUGCGGAUGUUUGCCAAUCAAGCAAGCUUCUGAAGGUGUACCUGAUUUCACUAUUUUUGUUCUGUUUCUAUUUCUCAUAAUUUAUAGCUAUUGUUUACAUUAUUAUGAUCAGAAGAUACACUUGACUAGUAGCAAAGAACCUUUCUUUUAUGAUUCAAUAUUUAUCAUGUUGUACUUGUUCUAUUCAUGCUUUUAUUUUUCGGUCCUUCAGUGUUUGAUUGUACAAUUUAUGUUAA